AUAAAUGCUGCUUAAUAACUUAAACUUAUAUUUCAAUAAUAUAAGGUGAAUAAAAUAAGUUAAAAUAAUAGAAAGGUAUUAUAAUGAUAAUCAAAGAAGAUUAUAUUAAAUCAAUCUUAACUUCUUCUUUGGAGAUUGUAAGAAAAUACGAAUGGCUUAUCAACUCUUAUGUUUUGGAUUUUUUUGUAGAUAGACAUUGGGAAAAACUUCCCAACUCUUGGAAAAGUAUUGAAAAAGUAGAACCUGAAAAAUUAUGUGAGUUAUUGGAAGAAAACGUUAAAUUCACCGUAGUGUGGCCACUUUCCAUUUUGUCGUUGAAAGUAAUUUUUCAAAAACUUGCACUUAAUAGAAAACCCCCAAAAGAGAGUUUACAAAAAGAGAGACAAGAAAUUUUUUCCCAAAAAAAUAUAAAGAACAAAUUUGAAAAAAAUGUGAAAUUAAAAAAACGGCAUGAGAUAAUUUAUAUGUCUGAAAUAACAAAAUAUACAGCUAACAAAACUGGCGCGGAAUUCGUAGUUGAUUUUGGGGCCGGACUUGGCCAUUUUGCUAGAAUUUUAUAUUACAGAUUUAAUUUACGUGUAUGCUGCAUAGAAAUGCAGUCCACUUUAAACGAAAAUGCUAGAAUUUUAGACAAAAAUUUUGAAGAGUUCUUGCAUAACAAUUCUGAUUUGAAAAAAGUCGAUACUCCGAAGCACAUAACAAUGACAUUAACGAACUCUGUUACACCUGAAAUAUUUAAAGAAGAAAUUCUUAAUGCGUUUAGGAUUACUGAAACGGAAAGCUUUAAAUUUGGAAUUGUUGGAUUACACCCUUGUGGUGACUUAGCUGCAGUUUUGAUUAAUAUGUUUUUGAAAUGUAAAGCAGCAAAAUUUUUAAAUUUGAUUGGUUGUUGUUACAUGAAAUUAACUCAAAGCAGGAGCAGUGAAAAUGUUGGAUAUCCACUUAGCUCAUUCUUAAAAUAUGAAAUAGCUAACCUCUCUACUCUGUCAUAUGAAUCUAGAGAAAUUGCUUGUCAUGCUAUAGAAAUGUACGUGGAUCGUUUAAGAAGUGGAAGUUAUAAUGAACUAAAAGUUCAUACAUACAGAGCCAUAAUAGAACAAAUAAUAACACGAAUUUAUCCUAAUAAAAAGCAUAUAGCAUUAAGAAAUGUUAAACAUACUACUGAUUUGGAUUUCCUUACAUACUGCGAAAUUGCAACAAAAAAUACAGGAAUUGAUAUAAACAAAUAUAUUGAUAUAGAUGAAGUAAAUGAAAAUUUGAGCCAAUGGAAAAACGUUGUUAUCUUUUACACACUUAGGUUGCUUUUCGCACCACUUUUAGAAAGUAUAAUAUUAUAUGAUAGGGUUCUGCACUUAAUUGAAAAUGGUUGUGAAGUAAACAUUGAACCGAUUUUCAAUCCUCGAAUAUCCCCAAGAAAUCAUAUUACAUUUGCGACAAAAAUUAAUUAAGAAAACAAAACAUUAGAUGUACUUAUGUUUUUUAUAUUUUAGUUUUUAUUUUAGGGAAGAAUA